CUCUUAUUUAAAGUUAAAAAAGCCUUGCUUCAAUUUUCAUCAGUAAAUACAGUAGUAGACUUUAUAGUAGCAGGCUAUGGAAAAUACUAUUUUUUAGUUGUUUAGUUGUUUACAUAUAAAGCGCACAACCACGUCUUGUACACCUGCACACACUUACCUUCAUCAUGUCUCGUUUAAUUACACUUCUAGCUCUAGCUGUUCUCUGUAUAUCUAGCGUUUUGGCUGGAUCUAUCGUCUUGACUGACGAAAACUUUGAAAAAAAAACGCAGGCAUCUACUGGUGCAACCACUGGCGAUUGGUUCGUCAAGUUUUAUGCGCCAUGGUGUGGGCACUGUAAGAAAAUGGCACCGGAUUGGGAGACUAUGGCGGACCAACUUGCCGGAAAUAUCAAUAUUGCCAGUGUGGACUGCGUCGGCGAAGGCAUAGAUACGUGCAAAAGAUUUGGCGUCACCGGCUUCCCCAACUUGAAGAUGCUCGCUGCAGGCCAAGCUUACGAGUACACCAACAAACGUGAGAUUGCGGAGAUGACAGCAUUUGCCACGGGUGGUUACAAGGAGGGAGAGGGCUCGCCUGUGCCUACCGAACCAUCGGUCUUCGACAAAAUCAUGGAGCCUGUUACGCAAAUUCCCGUGAAUGUCAAUAACUUUUGGAAAGCCUCUCCUGCCGCUUGGAUGUUCAUUUUUGGCAUAGGUUGGGUAUUCGGAGCUAUCACUGUUUAUUGCCUGAUGCCAAAGUCCGGCAAGCGUUCGCCACCAAAGGGUUUACAGAACAGGGCUUCAAAUAACAAGAAGCAGAGUUAAUAUCUAUGUGGACUGCCCGCGUCUCAACGCGAGGUUAAUUUUGACAGGGUUGGCUUAUUUGAUGUGGUCUCUCUGCGAAUUGCAACUCUAGUGUAAUGGUUGGUGGCUGGUGCUAUUGAACAGUAGAUAUAUACCCUGUCUCCUGGGAGUCCAGAGGCACUGUUCAGGAACAGAGAGCAGCUAUAGGGAUGCUAUGGUACAGCACGCACUUGUGCUCGACGAAUUAGGCAGUGGGAACCGGGCUCCUACUAACUGUAGCAUGCCUUUCGGUAAAGACUUCGAUAAAAGUGGUCACUGUAAUAAGCAUUAUAUCAUUGUAUACAGUCUGGAAUUAUCACACUUCGUGCUUUAAACUGAAAAAUAUCCUGGUAUACCGGUGGUGUUUAAAAAUCUUCGAAUUGAAAUGCAAUUAUCUCGUGCACUGCAGCACCCUUUAUCGUUGUUCUAUCAGUUGACAACUUUUACCCGAUUUAUAUACAUAUAUUGGUCAUAUAAGGCCUAAGAGCACUCGUUGCUCUACUAGAUUACCAUGCAUAUGCCACCAUUGCAAAACAAAUAAAUGAAAAAGCAGGUGUUGUGAAAACUUGUCUGAUACAUAUGUUAAAAGAAUAAACUACGCUAUAGGGUGAUGGCGUGUUGACGACAGC